AUGAAUAUUCCCGAGAUCAAAUCUUAUGAAGAACAGGCGAUAGACACCGUAGUUUCAGUGAUAAAUCGGGCUAAAGAGAAGUUGGGAGUUAGACAAACAUUAAAACAACUUGCAAACAGUCGUGACUUUGCCUGCAAUGCUAAACUGUCCUUGAAGGAUAUUGGACCACCCUACGCUGUUACCAGCGAGAAAUUCAUCUAUGAUACUAUAGGAAAGAAAUGGAAGCUUGCUGAUACUUUUAUGUACAUCGUUAGGUACAUGGGAGGGUCGAAAGAUGAAGUGUCGCAGUAUUACUAUUUCGAGGCAAUAUUCAGCCAGCCAACAGUCUCCUACCCCAUACCCCAAACCACGGUGUCCGUGUUCUUUACACUCGAAGACAAGCACAUUGAACCACCAGAUGAGAGAGGCGUGCCGAUGAUGUACUUCAGAGUAGAAGGUCAUCACACAGAACACGACAUACGCUUUGUAGCGCUUUCCGCUGACUGGAUUCUGGGCAUGAUAAAAAUGAAGAUCAAAUUGUUUGAAAGAAUUGAGACUAUUCGAAUGUUUUAA